AUGGCUACUUUGCAGGGAAAGUCCAUCCUCCUCACGGGAGGGGCAUCAGGUAUCGGACUUGACACCGCCAAACUGCUGUUGUCAAAGGGCGCCAAUUUAGUGGUUGGAGACUUCAAUGAAGAAGCAUUGAACAAAGUCUCAGACGAGAUAAGAGCGGCAGGGAAAGGCAAAGUGAUACUUCAGACCGUUGAUGUCAGAGAACGCUCCCAAGUCCGAAAUCUGGUUGAAACAGCGGUCAAAGAAUUCGGGGGGCUCGACGGCUGCGCCAACAUCGCCGGCACCGCUGGAAGCCUGGGUAGUAAGUACAUCUGGGAGAUGGACGGUUGCGACUACGAUACUGUCAUGGACGUGAACGCCAAGGGCGUAUUUUAUUGUCUCGCAGAGGAACUGAAACCAGGUGUUCUGGUCGAGGGUGCCAGUAUUGUCAACGUUGCAAGCAUCUUGAGUUUGAGAGGUGUGCUUCGGUCUUCGGCAUACAUUGCCAGCAAGCACGCAGUCCAAGGCUUGACAAAAGCAGCUGCCAUUGACGCUGCAGAAAGAGGCAUUAGGGUAAACUGUGUGGCACCUGGGCAUGUUGACACUCCCAUGCUGUCCGUGGCGCUAGAGCAGAAGUUUGGCAGCGAUCCAGACAAAUGGCCAAACCCCACAACGCCAUUUCCCCGUCGUGGGAAGCCAGCAGAGAUUGGAGCGGUCAUUGCAUUCUUGCUAUGCGACGAAGCUAGCUUUGUAACGGGAUCGACUUAUACCGUGGACGGGGGCUGGAACUGUUCCUAA